AUGGCGGAUCAGCAAGAGGCUGGCCCAGUUGAUGAGGCAUCCUCUAUCCCCAAGCCAUCCAUCGUGCUCAUCCAUGGCCUCUGGAUGACUCCACUUUGCUGGGAAUACUGGAUUGCAUAUUUCGAGGCAAAAGGCUACAAAGUUCUCGCCCCAGGCUGGCCAGGCAUCGAUAAUCGCACUCCAGAAGAGAUUCGCGCUGAUUCGAAACCCAUUGCCGACCAAUCAAUCGAAUCCAUCGUGGAUCAUUAUGCAUCAAUUAUUUCAACCCUAAAGACUCCGCCUAUUAUAAUUGGGCAUAGUUUCGGUGGCCUGUUCACUCAGAUUCUUCUCUCUCGUGGCUACGGGUGCGCGGGAAUUGGUGUCAGCCCUGCGCAGCCAGCAGGAAUCUUCGAUCUGUCUGUCAAUGUCCUCAAAGCCACUGGACCAGUUCUUUCAAAUCCUUUACAUGCUCAUUCCGCUGUGCCAUUCACCGCAGAGCAGUUUCACUUCUGCUUUGGUAACCACUUGACGAGGGAGCAGAGUGACGUUCUUUAUUCGCGAUAUGCAAUUCCCAGUGUGGCGCAUGUAUUGUGGCAGGGUGUAGCGGGUAUGUUGAAGAAAUCAGGCCCUGGGCAUGUUGACUUCGACAAGGCGGAUCGCGCUCCACUGUUGUUGAUAGCGGGAACCAAUGAUCACGUUGUACCGAGGCAUACUGUGCAGAAGGAAUAUGAUGCCUAUGUUGCGGCGGAAGUUACGGCGAUUGUGGAGUUGAAGAUAUUUGAGGGGCGAACUCACGGAAUCGUCAACCAAGACGGUUGGAAAGAGGUAGCUGAUUGUGCGAUUGACUUUGCCGAGAGCCAUGGAAAGUCUUAA